AUGCAGCAAACUCUCGCUUACCUGGAGAUGGCGCAUGAGAAGAUAAAUAUGCCAAGACCAGGUCGGUUCUUAAUUUCCAAGAAAAAUCUACUAAAAAGAAUCGGGAUAUUAAGAAUGCUCCUUCGUGAAAAACGAAGCAGGACUGAGUCUUUUUUAAAAAUGAUCGACCACAAUAAGGUAAUUCAUAGUCUCAAAAUCUAUCGAAUACACACUCAGUCCGAUGUGGUCUAUAAGAAGGGACAUCUGACAACUUUCCUAGAGAUCGAUUCAAAGACAGUCACUCAGGCAAUGAGAACAUGUUGUCGUGGACGACCGAGGAAAAGCCGCACAGAGCAUACUAUAACAAUAUUUGCGGUAAAGGAACCUGCAGGAAAAAAAAAGAGAGCUCAUUGCAGCCCGCAGAACUGGGAGACUAAGAAUUAA